CAUUAUAAAUCUGUACGUGUGCCUGUGUUUGUAUGUAUGUAUAUAUAUAUAUAUAUAUCUACGCACGGAUAAGCGAAACCCGAAAAACUCUUAAUACUUCUCCAUAAAUACACAAAACAGUUUUCUUGAUUCUCUCUGCACAACGUCUCCACGAAUUCUUUGGCAACAGAAGGAUUUCACCAUGACAACGGUUCACGAAGAUGGCGGCGAUAUCGCGCGUUUAACCAUCAAACGCAAACGCACCAAACGCCAACGCACCGCCUCUCCUCCUACCGCAGCCGCCGCUGGAGAGUUGUCGGGAGAAAGAGAAGAAGAAGAAGAAGUGACGAGGGAACUGGUCGGUGGUACUGAACAUGUUCUUAAAGGAGCGGCAAAUGAAGACGAGGACAUGGCGAACUGUCUGAUGCUAUUGGCACAAGGCAGAAAAAGAAACGGCGAUCGUCGUCAUCAGACUCAGAAACCGGGUUUCUUGAGCAACAGGAGAACCCCGCCUUCUUCAACCUCGUCACAGGCUGGCCUAGGGUUAGGGUUAGGGUUAGAGGGCGUUUACCAAUGCAAAACUUGCGACAGAAGUUUCCCGUCGUUUCAAGCCCUAGGUGGGCACAGAGCCAGUCACAAGAAGCCGAAGACCGGUCCAAACGCUGGACGCGAUCUCAACAGCGGUGAGAAGAAAUUUGCGUUUGCAGUUGGAGAAAACAGAGAAUCGGAUCAAUCAGUUCUUGGCAGGUUUCUUUCUCUGCAAGUAACUAGCAGCAGUAGCAAGAAAACAGACAAGACCCACGAGUGUUCGAUCUGUAAGGCCGAGUUUUCCUCAGGACAAGCCUUGGGAGGUCACAUGAGAAGACACCGAAGCAUUCCAACAGCAACCGCAAACGCAGCGGUCGGAGAAUCGGAAAGUUCGCCAGAUCGAAUUAGUCGUGAAGAAUCUAAGAGGCAAAGAAACUUUCUGGGAUUGGAUUUGAAUCUUCCGGCACCGGAAGAUGAUCGUUCAGACAAACCAAAGUUCACAUUUGCGUCCAAGGAUCAGAUUCUUGUCUUCGCCGCCACAUGAAUUAUUCGGUUGAUUGCCAUUAUUAACUAUAUAUUAUAUAGUUCGGUGUACCUUUUCUUUUACUACUUGUAGUCUUCUUAGUCAUCAUUUUCUGUAUCGAUUGUAUC